AGGUAAGACAGUAUUCUUUGAUGGAGGAUUUGCGCACGCACUAAACGACCAUUAUUUCUGUUUUUUCUGUGUGUCAUGUGGUCGUCUUGUGUUAUUACCAGUGCAUUUCGGAGUUCAAUAAUUAAUUUAUGAUAAAAUACUUGACUUAUUUUCAUUUAUAUAAUUAUAACCAUACUAAUAUUAAUCCAAUAAUGAAAAUAUCAUGAGUAUUGGUAAAUAGAUUAAGUGAAUUAAACAAAAAUGACAUUUAUGAGUAUCACAUAAAAAGAAUUAUUGGAUACACACCCGUAUUUUGAAUACUAAAAAAUUAAUAAGACAGCUGAACACGUGAUUGAUAAGUUUCCUGACAACUCGAUCGAUUGGAAUAAAUCAGCAACGUUAUUUACGUUGCCAGAGUAGUUAAUUAAAUGUUGAUAGCUACAUCUGACAAAAUCGAGCCACCAGAGUCAUCGUCGUCGACCUCGUCUCCGACGACGUCGGAAGUUCAACCGACGUCGACGUCGUCUUCAUUGAUAGUUAGCAAUACCGGAAUGUCUGGUGAUCAUCGUCCAGUAAUUCGCUACCCGUCUGAAUAUAUAAAGCUUAAUAUCGGCGGGUCGUUGCACUACACUACUCUAAGUACACUUAGGAAGCAUGAUACUAUGCUUCGUGCAAUGUUCAGUGGACGUAUGGACGUUCACACUGACUCCGAAGGAUGGAUUCUCAUAGAUCGAUGCGGAAAACAUUUUGGUACAAUUUUAAACUUUUUAAGAGAUGGAUCUGUCGCUCUUCCAGAAAGCACGAAAGAAAUAACCGAGCUUCUUGCUGAAGCUAAAUAUUACUGCAUUAGUGAGCUCGCUGAGUCAUGUGAACAAGCUCUUCUUAGGAAGGAACGUGAAGCUGAACCUAUUUGUAGAGUUGCUCUUAUUACUUCCCAAAAAGAAGAGCAAUUUCUUAUCAGUAGUACUACUAAGCCUGUGAUUAAAUUACUUAUUAAUAGGCAUAAUAAUAAAUAUUCUUAUACAAGCACCUCUGAUGAUAAUCUAUUGAAAAAUAUCGAAUUGUUUGACAAAAUGUCAUUGAGAUUUAAUGGAAGAGUCCUAUUCAUUAAAGAUGUUAUAGGAUCAAUAGAAAUCUGUUGUUGGACUUUUUACGGACACGGUAGAAAAGUUGGAGAAGUAUGUUGUCAUUCAAUAGUUUAUACUACUGAUAAAAAACAUACCAAGGUGGAGUUUCCAGAAGCUCGCAUUUACGAAGAAACGUUAAAUAUUUUAUUAUACGAGCACAGAAAUGGACCUGAUCAAGAGCUUAUGCAAGCAACAUCAUCUCGGGGUGCUGUUGGAGGAGGACCACCUUGCACUUCUGAUGAAGAGGAAGGCGAACGUUCUGGGUUAGCUCGUCUCCGUACUAACAAACAAAAUACCAACUGACCCUCCCGUUCUGUCCCUCCUUCUCGUCCAUAUCCUGUAAAUCCAGCAAUUAUGAGUAUACUUCGUUCAUUGAGAACCCACGCUCAUAUCAAGUAAAACAUUUUUAUUUAACAUUAAAAAGCAAAACAAGAAAAAGUCGAAUAGGAAGAGAGAACGAGAGAGUGAAAAUAAGCGUAAUAAAAAAAGAAAAUGUAUUUAUCUUUACUUUUCACUAUUGACCAAUUAUUAAUUAUCAUUUAAUGAUUGAUUUAGAAUUGAUCCAAGUGCCAAACCUUCAAAUAUCGAUAAAAUAUAUGAUAAUUACACUUACAAUUAUUUAAAAUUAAUUAUUUUUCUCUACGGGACUUCAAUGGUGUUACACCAUGAAUAUAUUCACCCUGUAUUAUAUCAAGAUUGCGAUAAUUAUAACUAUUUAUUAUCAUUUUUAUUUGUCAAUUUGUCAUAUUUAUGAAUAUUCUGAGCGAUUAAAAUAUUAUUACUUAUUGUA